AAAUCGGUGAAAUUUGUCGAAAUGAUAUAUACAUCUGACAGUGUCACACCGAUAAAACCGCUCACUUCUCUUCCACAAUCUCUCUCUUCAUCUUCUUUCAAAAAACCUUAGCAAACUUUAAACUUAGUGUUUCUGUAACAGCUGCAUCCCACCUUGUGCUUCAUAAUUGCAACCUCCAACCAAGAACAUAAAUGGAUAGUUUUCAUAUGAUGUUUGUUAUGCUAUGUUCUGUUUUCGUUGUUGUUCAUGGUUUUUCAAGAAAUGAUGAUCUACCCAUUCUAUCUUUUGAUGAAGGGUAUUCGAAGUUGUUUGGAGAUGAUAAUUUAAUGGUAUUCGACGAUCGAAAAUCGGUUCAGUUAUCUCUUGAUGAACGAACAGGUUCUGGAUUUGUGUCUCAAGACCUCUAUUUCCAUGGAUUCUUCAGUGCCUCCAUUAAACUUCCUGCAGAUUAUACAGCCGGUGUUGUUGUUGCUUUUUAUAUGUCAAAUGGAGAUAUAUUUGAGAAGAAUCAUGAUGAAAUUGAUUUUGAGUUUCUGGGUAAUAUUAGAGGAAAAGAAUGGAGAAUUCAGACGAAUAUUUACGGAAAUGGAAGCACAGUUGUUGGUAGAGAAGAAAGAUAUGGUCUUUGGUUUGAUCCUACCGAUGAUUUCCAUAGAUAUAGCAUCCUUUGGACUCACACUCACAUCAUAUUUUAUGUUGACGAUGUCGCCAUCAGAGAGAUCAAAAGAACGGAAUCUAUGGGCGGAGAUUUCCCUUCAAAGCCGAUGACUUUAUAUGCAACGAUAUGGGAUGCUUCCGAGUGGGCUACAAAUGGUGGCAAAUACAAGGUAAAUUACAAAUACGCCCCUUAUAUUGCCGAGUUUUCCAACUUUAUCCUCCAUGGAUGCGCGGUGGACCCCAUUGAGCUCACAUCAUUCAAAUGUGAAACCACACCAAACCUUAACACAGUCCCAACUGGUAUCACACCCUCACAAAGGGCGAAAAUGGAAAGUUUUAGGAAAAAACAUAUGCAAUAUUCGUAUUGUUAUGAUAAAAUUAGGUACAAAACGCCACCCUCCGAGUGUGUGUUUAACCCUAAAGAGGCUAAGAGGUUGAAGAAGUUUGACCCGGUAACAUUUGGUAGCGGCCACAACCACCACCAUGGGAAGAGAUACCGUAGGAGUCGGAGCCCGACUCAGUCUAUUUGAAGAUGGUUAUGAUUUGUCAAUGCUUCUAUUAGUGUCUUUCCUUUUUUUAGUUGCUUGUUUUGUUGAUCUGUUGUUUAGUUUUACGUGAUGUGACAAAGUGGUUAGAAAGCAUAUAAAUUGUUUGUGAUAACUAUUAGGGGAAAUAAAUGUCUCACACAUAAUAUAUUUUAUGUUCU